UUAUGUGAGGAAAAUUUCUGUGAAAUUGCUUUCGAUGGAGACAAAGACUCAGCAUACUCCUCCAAUGCCGAACACCACCAUUCCAAACCAAAAUCCUACAGACCCAGUUCUCAGUCAGUCCAACAUAUCCAGUGUCGGCCAGACAUCCAACCUGCAGAACAUGCCUGGAAGAACUCUGUAAGUAAUUCUGUAGGGCAAGGUGCAGCACCAGAUAUUUAUGCCAAUGCGCAAAGACAAAUGCCGGGAAGGCAACACCAGCAACAAAUGAUUUCUCAACAGAAGCAGCAAUUUCAGAAUCAGCUUAUUUACCACCAGCAGUUUCAACAACGGUUACUAAAACGGAAGUUGCAGCAUCCUUCACUCUUGCAACCGCAUUUGCAACAGCAGCAGCUGCAACAAUCUCUGUUGCAGCCAACCCAACUGCAAUCUUCUCAACAGUCUCUGAUGCAAAUGUCAUCAGGUCUUCAGUCAGGUCAGUCCACUAUUCAGCAGCCACAGCCUACAAUGAUGCAGUCAGCUGCGCAACCUGGCCUUCAACAGAAUCAACUGAAUUCAAUCCAGCAAUCAGUACCAUCUUUGCUUCAGCAACAUCCACAAUCAGUUGCAAGACAGCAACAACAUGUACAGCCUUCUAUUCAUCAACAAACACCUUCGCUUCAGCAGCAGCUAACUCGGGACUUCCAUAUUUUCCUGAAGCCUCAUCGAGCUGCAUCAGUGGAUUCAACAGCUCAGACAGGACAUGCGGGUGUUUCUGAUUUGCCGGAGGAGAUCUAUCAAAAGAUAAAAUCCAUGAGGGAUAUGUACUUUGCAGACAUCAAUGAGCUUUACCGAAGGAUUGCUUUGAAGUUCCAGCAGCAUGAUGCUUUCAUACCACCUGCAAAGCCAUCAGAACAGUAUGAAAAAAUGAAAAACUUUAAGAUGAUGUUAGAGCGUACUUUAGCGUUUCUACAGAUCUCAAAGAAUAAUAUUCAACCUGGUUUGAAGGAAAGAAUUCCUCUGUAUGAGAAACAAAUUGUUAAUAUUCUAACUUCAAAUAAGAAGAAAGUUGUACCUUCACAAUCUCAGGGAUAACAACAAUUCCAGCAUCCUGGUGGACUUACUCACUCCAGGCCGCAGCAACAACCAUCCCUAAUUUCUCAGCUGCAGCAGCAUGACAAUCACCCAAACCAGGUGCAACAAAUGAAUUUGCAAGGUUCAGCAACUUCAAUGCAGCCAUCUGCUGUGACCGGCAUGCAACAUGUAUCCAUGCCUUCAACAAUGAACUUUGGGGUUCCAACAACACAGCAGAAUUUCACAAAUGCAUUACAGCCUGAUGCUAAUCUGGAUUCAGUUCAGGGCAGUUCGUUUAAUUCAUUGCAGCAGGGUGCUAUGGGCUCCAUGCCACAAAGUGGUGUGGGAUCUGUACCAAAUACCAUCAAUGCACCUCAACAGACCAAUGCCAAUACCCUAUCAAACAGCUCUAUGAAUACAUUACAACCUAAUGCUAGUCUUGUGCAACCAAGUUCUAACACAGUACAGCAGCACUAUUUGAAGCAGCAACAGCAGGAUCAACAACAGCAAUUGAUGCAAAGUCAGCAAAUGAAGCAGCAAUUACAACAGCGACAUGUGCAACCAAUGCUUCAGCAUCAGCAAAAGCAGCAAUUACUGCAGUCGCAGCAAUUAAAAGAGGCACUUGUAUCUGUUUGUUUCCUCUUCAUUCUCAUUAUUUUGAGUUGCUGGCUUUGAUGGAAGUAAGUUUUCUGACUUUAUGAUACUGUAGGCUGAUUAUCUGAGGAAAAUUUGUCAGAAAAUACUUUCUAUCGAGACAAAGGCUUUAAUCCCCCUUUUCUUGUUUUAUGUACAAGAAAAGGCUCCUAUUCCUGUAUCAUUUCUCUGUAUGACUUUUAUAUGAUUUUCUCCAAUGUGUUGUGCCAAGAGAGCAUUCAAGA